CGACGGAAACGGAAUAGCUCGCUUGAAGAUUGUUCAGGCGCGAAGUUUUGUUUGUGAAGAUUUUCACUAAUCUAAUUGCAUGCAGAGAGUAUUCAAGAACUUUAAGCUUUUGUUUCUGACUUGAGUGAAAAUCUGAUGAUGUUUUGGGUCAUAUUUAUGCAGAAAUAUAGAAAAUUCUAAAGGGUUCACAAACUUUCAAGCACAACAGUACCACAAUAAACCAGCCAAAGGUGGACAGAGCCACUACAGUCAGACUUGAAAAACCAGGGGACAGUGUUUGUGUGACUGCAGGUGGCGCAAUAGAAUGAUUUACAAGAGGAUGAUAGCUGUUUUGAAUCUUCAUUAAAUGAGACAUCAUUUCAGGACAUAGCUCAAUAUUAUUUGCUUCAAGAAAACAUGAAGUCGUCAGUCGUAAGACCGUUGAAAUGGGACACUUUACAGAAAUGUCUUCUACCUAUGGCAUAGAUGUCUAGGAUGGAUACCAUCAAAAGUCUCCAAGUCAUUUAAAAUACGAUUUCAGUAAAUGUUACCCUGUCCAGCAAAUUUUUUUUUUUUUUAAUAGCUCCGAUUAACAAAAACACCAGUAGGUUUAUACACAGAUGUUUGGUUAUAAAGAAUGUGGUAAACAAUUUGUGCACAAUGAUCAUCUGAAGAUGCAUGCAGGAAUCCAUACUGGAGAGAAAACCCAUUGUUGCACUGAAUGCGAUAAGCGAUUCAGAGAAUCCAGUGAUCUUCGGAAGCAUAUGAGAAUCCACACUGGUGAGAAACCUUAUGGCUGUACUGAAUGUGUCAAGCGAUUCAGAGUUUCAAGUGAUCUUCGCAAACAUAUGAGAAUUCACACUGGUGAGAAGCCACAUUGCUGUACUAUAUGUGACAAGCGUUUCAGAGAAUCAAAUGAUCUCCUGCGACACGUUAGAACUCACACUGGAGAGAAGCCGUAUAGCUGUACCAAGUGCGGCAAGCGAUUCAUUGAUAAAAGUUCUGUACAAAGACACAUGAAAAUUCAUGUGGAAGAGAAAUUAUAUUGCUGUAGUGAAUGCGACAAGCGAUUCAAAGAACUUCGUGCACUUCGGAAACACUUGAAAAUCCAUGCUGCAGUGAAGCCAUAUUGCUGUAUUGAAUGUGGCAAGCAGUUAGCAGAACGAUGUGCACUUCGAAAGCAUAUGAUAAUCCAUACGGGAGAAAAGCAAUAUGGCUGUACAGAGUGUGGUAAGCGAUUCAGAGACUCGAGUGACCUUAAAAGGCACACAAAUAUUCACACUGGAGAGAAGCCAUACGCUUGUGAUCAAUGUGACAAGUGGUACAUGAAUAAAAUGUCUCUGCAGAGACACAAGAAAACUCACUCGGCGAAAAGCCAAGAAAAUGUAUAAAGAACUAGAAACUGACCAGGCAAUUUUAGCAAAUCUAAGAUUUUGUGAAGAAUAAAUUUAUUUUUACGAAGACAAACCCACCAUUAGUAUGUAAUAGCCCUAGUUUUACCACUAGUUUAAAUUUCUUUUCAUUUUAUUUUCUAUUUUAAAUGGUUUGUUUAGUUAUUUAGUAAAUAUGUAAUAAUUUUACUUGUUUUAGUCUUUAUUUUUGAUGUAUAUUACUUUGAUAAUUAACUCAAAAAUAUAACAAUUAUGCAGCUUGUGAAUGGAACCUCAUGGGGUGGAACCCCCCAUCCAGGUCACAUCUGAGUGAGCACCUUUAGCGUAUGCAGUUUAUUACAUAUAACUUAAUUUAUGGACUUAUUUGCUUUGAUUUCUUUGUAUGUGUGGAUUACUUGGAUUGUUACUGACAUUGGGUGAAAAUUUCAUGUCAAUAGCCCCUUUAGAAAUUUAUUUACUGAGGAAAAUGUUGAUGCGUUCAAUACUUAUUUCCCCCGUUUGUAUGUUCACGGUUGAGUGUUAGUGUGCCUUGUUGGGGCCAUUGAUUUGUUAAUAUACUUCCCUGUUUUUGUCUUUGUAUUUUAGGGUUUUUGGGGUUUCUUGGUUAUGGAUUGACUGCAUUACCUUAUGGAUGUACUUUUUAAUUUUUUGUUAUUGUUGAUAUUUUUUAAGCAAACCCAUUAAACAUUAAGAAACCUUGUUUUUGUAAUAAUAACCCAAAGUUUGAUGGUUUUCCUUCUGCCUCUUCUCAUAAUGUCUUAGUUUUAGAGUAGUUUAAUACACCCCCUUCAUAGUUUG